ACAACUCGACCGUGGCAAGGCCGUCUCAGAUUACGCAGUCAUUUUCGAAGUUGUCUCAGUUAAGACAUUUGAGUACAGGAAAAGAGGUUUUGACUUAAACUUAAACUUUGUUAAAGAUGAUUUCUAUGGUUUUAUUGGCUUUUUCUCUGUUAGGCAUUGCCGAAUGCGACGUCUGCUUGGACGAGAAUGAUGACAUAAUAAUCUGCGACUAUGGCUGCUGCACGUCUUACGAUUAUAUUUUGGACAAGUACUACGACGAAUGUUGUCUUGAAUCUUCCUUACCUUCGUCUGCUACAACAACAACAACAACACCAACAACACAGUAUUUGCCCGAUUCGACAUCUGAGUCAUCUUGGAGCGAUGGUGAUACAGCAGGAGUUGUCGUCGGAUCAAUUUCUUUCCUUGGCAUCGUCUUCGCUGGUAUAUUUUACCGCAUACAUGCAUAUAGGAAGACUGGGAACGCUUUGCCAGAAUGCAAAGUUGAUAACCACUUUCAAGUAAUUGUACUUUAGACACAACACUUGGCGGCGUCUUUGAUGCUUGCAUCAAUGAAUUUCCUUGUAUCCUACAUUAAACCAUACUUGGAUCAGGAAUAAGCGGCACUAGAUGAGGCUAUGCAAGUAAAAAGACAAGGACUGCAAUCUGUCAGAGAACAAUGUUCAGACAGAUAUACCAUACAAAGGUACAAGAAUACCUAGAAAUUGUAAAAUUAGAAACAGAUAUCACAGAGGCAAAUAAAUAGACAACUUGUUUCGCAGCUGAUAAAUAGCCGCGCAACCAUUCGAAAGUAUUAGAAAUGGAUUUCAGUGGCCGAAUUUGCAACAGUUGGAAAAAUAUCAACGUCUACUGGCGGUAUUGUUUUCAGGACAUUAUUCACCAGCUUAAUGCAAUGUGAAACCGAGUUGUGUAAGUUCAAAGCGAUAUUGUCCAGUAAAACAGCUAAGUUAUACCCGCAAUUUGCUAUUUAGCCAAUAUCUUAAAAAUUACCGAAAGUUCGGUUUUUGAAAUUAAGCAUACAAUUAACGUAUCGUUAAUAACAUAUCAAAUUAAAAGAAGAAAAAAAAAACAAAGAAAAAAAACAAAAGCAAAUAACUCAAAUAAUAUUAUUUUAUUCAUUCACUACCUCACCCAUUUUUAUGAUAUAAAUCAUAGCUUGAAAUACAUUUAAAAGUUGUGUUUUUGGAAAACAAGUUAAUAUUAUUAUCAUAAGAAUACCGAGACCAGUGUAUAUAUUGAUUUUCUAAGAGAAAAUGGUUUUUAAAUACCCCUUUUCGGUAGUGCACGACAAGGACAUAAGUUUAUUUUUGUUAUCAUUUCCUUCCCUCAUAGCGGUUUUCGCUAGUUUGUAAACUCUAGAUAUUUUAGUGACUUUUUAGCCCACCAGAGCCAAAGGCUCAGGGUGAGCUACUCUGAUCACUCCCAUCCGUCGUCCGUCGUCCGUUGUCCGUCAUCCAUCAUCCGUAAACUUUUACUUUAAACAACAUCUCCUCUUAAACCGCUAGGCCAAUUUCAUGCAAACUUCACAGGAAUGUUCCUUGGGUGAAGCUCACAAAAUUGUUCAAAGAAUUGAUUUCCAUGCAGAACUCUGGUUGCCAUGGCAACCGAAAGGAAAAAAUUAAAAAUCUUCUUCUCAAAAACCAGAAGCCCUAGAGCUUAGAUAUUUGGUGUGAAGCAUUGCCGACCUCUACCAAGUUUAUUCAAAUCAUGAUCCCGGGGUUAAAACUGACCCCGCCCCAGGGGUCACUUGAUUUUACAUAGAAAAAUCUUAAAAAAUCUUCUUCUCAAAAACCAGAAACCCUAGAGCUUGGGUAUUUGACAUGUAGCAUGGCCUUAGUGGACCUCUACUAAAGUUAUUCAAAUCAUGACCCCGGGGUCAAAAUUGACCCCGCCCUAGGGGUCACUUGAUUUUACAUUGGAAAAUCUUCAAAAAAUUUCUACAAAUAAACCAGAAGGCCUAGAGCUUAGAUAUUUCACACGUAGCAUUGCCUAGUAGACCUCUACAAUUUUUUUUUCAAAUCAUGACCUCCGGGGUCAAAAUUAACACCGCCCCAGGGGUCACUUGAUUUUACAUAGGAAAAUUUUCAAAAAUUUUCUAAAAAAAAAACACAGAAGGCCUAGAUAUUAGAUAUUUGACAGGUAGCAUUGCCUAGUGGACUUCUACAAAAUUUGUUCAAAUCAUGAUCCCUGGGGUCAAAUUGACCCCGCCCCAUGGGGUUACUUUAUUGUACAUAGAAAAAUCUUCAAAAUUUUCUAAAAAUAAACCAGAAGGCCUAGAUCUUAGAUAUUUCACAUGUAGCAUUGCCUAGUAGACUUCUACAAAAUUUGUUCAAAUCAUGACCCCCGGGGUCAAAAUUGACCCCGCCCGAGGGGGCACUUGAUUUUACAUAGGAAAAUCUUCAAAUUUUUUCUAAAAAUAAACCAAAAGGCCUAGAGCUUAGAUAAUUGACAUGUAGCAUUGCUUAGUAGACCUCUACAAAAUUUGUUCAAAGAGGAUCCCCGGGGUCAAAACUGACCCUGCCCAAGGGGUCACUUGAUUUUACAUCUUCAAAAAUUUUAUACAAAUAAACCAGAAGGCCUAGAUCUUAGAUAUUUGACAGGUAGCAUUGCCUAGUAGACUUCUACAAAAUUUAUUCAAAUCAUGACUCCCGGGGUCAAAUUGACCCCGCCCCAUGAGGUUACUUGAUUGUACAUAGAAAAAUCUUCAAAAUUUUCUAAAAAUAAACCAGAAGGCCUAGAGCUUAGAUAUUUCACAUGUAGCAUUGUCUAGUGUACCUCUACAAAAUUUGUUCAAAUCUUGACACAGCCCCAGGGGUUACUUGAUUGUACAUAGGGAAAUCUUCAUAAAUUUUCUAAAAAUAAACCAGAAGGCCUAGAUCUUAGAUAUUUGAUAUGUAACAUUGCCUAGUAGACUUCUGCAAACUUUGUUCAAAUCAUAACAUUUCAGUUUGACAUUUGAAACAUGUAGCUCAUAUUACUCAGGUGAGCGAUCCAGGGUCAUCAUGACCCUCUUAUUGUAACUUUUAAGGUAAAAUGAGUAAAUUUAUAUGACUGCAUUGUCUGAUUAUGUUGAGUUUUGACAUGAUAUCCACAACAUAUUGCUCUGAACGUAAGCUACAUUUCAAAGUGGAACGUUCAGCAUUUUCUUUAAGAUAAUGGCAAAAUAACAAUUGACGGGUAACUGUUUUGUUCAUUAACAUGUACAUAUUACUAUAUAAAUGGUGGUCAAGAGUAACUUUGUAAAAGAAGGAAUGUGGCAAUGAUACAAUAGAUUAUUAGCAUAUAUGUUUGGUAGCAUUAAUUGUAAGACUAAUUAACAGAAAAUAACUUAAAAAUAUUCCAACAACUAUGAAGAGGCGUGGAAUUUGAAGCACGUGCAGUAAGUGACAGAAGUUUGCACGAACUUUUCAGUAUACAUUGUGACAUUGUGAAAUAACACCUUGCGUCUUAUGGCGCUUUAGUGAAAUAUAUAGGGAUUGACUGACACAUUGAAGGACAGUUGUUUUAGUUAGAAAUAAAGAAUUAAAUGGGUUUUUUUUGUGCUUUUAGACUGCUAAGAUUUUAGAUAUAACUUAUAGUUUUACAACUAAUAUUGAACAUUAAAUCUUUCAAAGUUUUGAUAACAGGCAUUUUGUUUUGUUUCUUUCUUUCUCAGUCAAGAUUAGAAAAGUGCCAUGGAUGUAUCUGCUUUUGACUAGCUCUUCAGCUAUUCAAUAUUAUCACUGUUUAAGUUGUCAGUUAUCUCCAACACUAUUACCAUUUCUUGGGUAUAAUAUAUGUGUUCGUUCUUUGUGUUAAUAGUGUAUGCUUCUCAUCGUACGGCGGAAUACAAUAUAUAUUUAUAUACACUUAAGGCAACUUCUAACGUUCCCUGAUAUCUUUUUCAGUAUCUUUCUUAUUACUUAUAAUACAUUUUUGAAAUUUCUCACAUACGCAGAAAAUAUGUUAAAAAAUACAUAUGUAAGUUUCAACGAAAUCGAAUAAUGCUAUGAUAUAUUAUCCUUAUCAUGCUGGACGGACACGAUUGAUUCUGCCUUUGCGACCAGUGCAGAUGAUGAUCAGCCUGCAAUCCGCCAUUCAGACAGUAUCUUUUUGGUAUGCACCCCUUUUAAUAGUUAAUGGUACUGUCCAAAUUGAAAGAUGGACAAGUUCAUUAUAGAAAUUUAGCAGGGUAAGGGUUAUUCAUUCUACCGCAAUUUCCAAAAGUAACAAAGAUACACAUAAAUAGGUAUAAUUUAAAAAAAAAAACAAUUCCUGUAUUCUGCCAUAUCUUUGGAAUAAAUCUAAAUUUGGUUUGAUAUUUGUCUGUUAAUAGUGAAAAGUCAAUAUCUGUACCUCUGUAUCAUUAAAAUUGAUAUUAUUUCGUGUAAAAAAAAACACAAAACUUUUAUGUAUAUUUUGUGACUUUUUAAAAAUGGGUAGCCGUCGUAAAAUGUUUGUACAGUUUGAUUUUGUUGAAAAUGUGUUAUUAAACAUAUAUUUGUAUAAAUGUGUGAAAAAUUUAAUGAGUUUGCCUGAGAUUAUUGCAGAUAGCCCUAAUAAUUUCGAGGGGUUGGGGUUGGGUGGGGAUGGGGGCGUGUAUGGUGGCUGAUUUACGUCGUUUCGUUAUGUUACGUUGGCGUGAGCGCGGCUUUUGUAGCGCAUUUCGUUGUGUCGUCCCGGCGUCUGUGCCAACGCGCCAUAAUGGAGUUUUGAAAGUUUUGUGUGUCAUUUUAGACCGUGCGCAAACACUACAAAACGAAACUAACUACGUGACAUAGGCCUAAUGCGCCAAAAUGAAAUAGUAUUAAAUAAAAAGUCACGAUUGUCCAAACGGAACACCGUAGUAAGGGGGCGAUAGAAGUUUCGAUUAGCAUAUCUGCCUUAAAACUGUUUUAGGUUUGUGUGUGUGUAUAUAAGGUUAUUCAUAGUCGACACCGGUAACCCAUAUGGGCAACUCCUCCAGAAGACUGUUAGUAAUGUUAGUAUGAGGAUAGUGCAAGGUACAGAAUACGCUUCAGAAGCUUCCCUGGUUCUUCAGCGUGCCAGGUGUUAAGCAUCCAUACACGGGGUUUUUAUCCAAAUGUUAGUAAUUUUAGUUGGAGCAGCAGGGGUUCGAACUCACGACCGCUGUCCUAGUUUUGCACUCAUGACAGCUACUAAAUGCACACUCUGUGAUUUUAUAUCAUUGUCGUUUUAGUUAAAGAGCCUCCGUUAUGUGUAUACAAUUUGAAUACAGCUACAAUGUACUAUUAUGUCUAUUUACAAUCAAAGCUAUUUUUAUGAACGUUUCUUAAAGAAAGUGUUAAUA